AGAGGGGAGAGAGAGAAGGAAUGGGGAGAAAAGAGGGGGGAGAGAAGUGGUAAAGUAGUUCUAUAGAAUUUCUAGGUUCAGGUCAACUUGACCCCUAGGCAAUGGGGAGGAAGUCUAAUGCAGAGGACUGUGGGUUAGGUAUUUAUUCACCCCUGACCACUUUGUUGCGAUUUGUAAUGAUUAGACUGUGCUUUUACAGUACUUAUUGCGCUAACAAGACUUGACGGGAGUUCCAGGACUUUACGGGUGUAACAGUCCCUUCAGCUCCGCUGUCUGGUGAGAUAGGCACUGAGCUGAGAGAGAGAGCGUGAUAUAGAGGAGUCCCAUGGCUCCAUUGCAGCUGGCGGUGUACUUGCGGCUCGCUCUCAUAUUCUUCUUCACAGCGUUUCUUUUCUUCCUCGAUGUCUUCACUGUCAGCAGAGCAGCCUCCUCGUGCGCUAACGUCCCCAGUCAGUUACCGACCAAGAGUCGAACCGGAGGAGAUGAAGUCUCUUCUAGUAGUGAGCGCAAACAGAACCGCACUCCCGGGGAGGUGCGUGAGAUGAACGUGUCACUUAUAUCGGUAUUGUUACCGACACAGGAUGAGAUCACGCGGGGGAACGACACGGAUAGAGAUAAUGGCAAAGUGUGUUUGGAUCCAAUGGUGUUGUCGUACAGUCAGACCAUGUACAUGGCUGGCCUUCUGCUGGGAUCUCUCUUUGGAGGAUCUCUCUCUGACAGGUAUGGUAAGCGAGUGGUACUGCUGGUGUGUGUGUGUGUCCACGCUGUGACUGCUGUGCUGCCGGCAGUCCUUCCUCACGCCAUCCUCUUCCUCACCCUGCGCUGCCUGGCCGGGGUCUCCUGCUGCUGUAUCAAUAUCUGCAGCUUCAGCCUGGGUGUGGAAUGGAGUCUUCCCAGGUAUCGUAUUUGGCCCCCGGCCCUCCUGUCCUUCUCCUUCAGCCUGGGUAUGAUGGCGUUGGCACCGCUGGCGUACCUUACACACACCUGGACACAGCUACACCUGGCUCUGGCCAUACCACAGAUCCUCUGUCUGCCUCUCUACUACUCCAUUCCUGAGUCUCCUCACUGGUUGCUCCUGAAGAAGAGGCUGGACACUCUGGAGGAGUACAGGAGACACAGUCCUGAGGACAAACGCUGUCUAGACCUGCUGUUGGAGACAGAGGGGAAGGACCUGCAACAAGUCCCCCGGGACACAGACACACUGGAGACUGGCACACACAUACCAAAGGCAGACACGCAGACCCAGGAGGGAAACACACUUUCCCACUGCGGACACAUGAGAAGUCCCACCAUUCUACUGCGCCUGGUCAUCAUGAGUUACAUUGGGCUAGCGUCAGCCCUGACGUACUACGGUAUCUGUCUGAAUGUCGGGCGUUUCGGGGUGGAUGUCUUCCUGGCUCAGUUCUUCAGCGGCCUUUCAGAGGCACCCUGCUUGCUCGUCCCAUUCCUAUUGGCCCGCUGUGGCAGACGCCCAAUCAGCAUGCUGUCCCUGCUCCUCAGUGGCUCCUUCUGCCUGCUGUCCCUGCUCGCAUCACGCUUCUACGCUGUCCCAGGGUUGGUGAUGGCUCUGGCCCUGGUGGGGAAGCUGUGUAUGCAGACCAGUGUGUUUGUCUCUGUCCUCUACGGCAUCGAGCUCUUCCCUACACUCAUCAGACAGAAGUGUGUGGGCUUGGUGUGUCUGUGUUACAGAGUGGGGUGUAUCCUCAAUGCGGUGGUCAGUCCUAGAGGAGAAACCAUCCCAUUGGCCGCUAUGAUUCUUUAUGGGAGUGGCCCCAUUGUUGGGGCGGGACUGUGUCUGUUGCUACCGGAGACCAGCGGUGUGCCGCUCCCUGAUUCGCUGGAGGACUGUGACAGACAACCCAGGCUACACCUCCCAUUAGCCUGGUCAUCAUGCUCCACAAGGCGCUCAGUGGACACCCCAGCUGACAAUGCCUGUCCAUUCCUGGGAGACCCCGAGAAACCCUCCCACCACCCACAGGAACCCAACUCAAAUGAAAACACUCUGCACACACACACACAUGCUGUUGAUACAUGUAUUUAAAAAGGUCCAUGGAGCAGUGAGAUACUAGCCGAACAGUGUCCAAUGAGUUCUAAUCAUUUUUUUGUCACGUUGUACCCAACUGAACAUGACCCUGGUUUUACUGUUUAAACUUUAAAUCUGUGUGAUCUGGUCUGUCCCAGCCUGUGGAGAACAUUCUUAGCUCCCUAUAAAAAUCUGCAUUCUCCUUCGCUUGAUUUUAUUAAUUUUUUUCUCUCCCAAAUUUCAUUAAAUUUUUCAAUAGUUUUCUCUCAAAAAUCACACCUUUUUAAAUUGGAAAAUAACAACAUGUGAUGUUCUAAGUGACACAACAAAGCUUUAAAACCACUUUUGAGGUCUGGGAAAAAUCUAAGAACAGCCUUUGUUUGGUUAGCUGUGUUUCUGUAGCGCUCAUGUGAUGCAGAGUUUACGAAACAAAAUGGCUACUGGAUUGAUGUACAUAAUCAUGAGAUCAUUCUGCCAGGUAGGCAGAGGCUGCAUUGUAGUUCACAUUUAAUUGUGAAGUUGUUUUUUUCUUUUCGGAAAAGCCUUCCGAUCUAUCAGCAGACGGUUAUUAUUAGCAUCAUCGCUAACGGCUGCACAAAGGAGCACCACACAACACAACACAACACACACAGGGGCUUUCCUGUGCCCUUUCAGAUAAUUGCGGGAAAAUACCAAUCAUUGAUGCACUUUGUUAAUGUCAUAUAUUUUAAAUCUUCUUAGGGACAGCCCCCUUUAAAAAGAAAUUCACCUAAAACAACAUACCCAACUCUGUCUGUAGCUCAGGACCUGAAGCAAGGAUAUGCAUAUUCUUGAUACCAUUUGAAAGGAAACACUUUGAAGUUUGUGGAAAUGUAAAUUGAAUGUAGGAGAAUAUAAAACAAUAGAUCUGGUUGAAGAAAAUACAAAAAGAACGAGUGGAAAUACCCCCAAAAAAGAUCGAUUGUGCGUGGUAUAUGGACCUUUUUAGGAUAUGAAAAAGGAUUUGAUCUAAGACAAUGACACUUCAUGUUCAUGUAAAAUCUCUGGGACCCUUUGGAUGAUAAAUCAGAGCAAGAUUUCAGAAUGUAAGUCCACAUUUCACCUUCAGCUGUGAAUUUAUCAAACCUAUGACGUUGAAAAAACGUGUUUUGUUGGAGCUCUUAAACAAUAGCUUGGCAUUUUAUCCACAGUAAUAGCUACUGUGAAUUGGACAGUGCAGUUAGAUUAACAAGAAUUUCAGUUUUCAGCCGAUAUAAGACAUGUUUCGACCUUUGUUGUUCCUCUAAAAUCUGCGAUCUUGAUAUAACGCGCUGAAUGAUUUCACAACUGUCCCGUUGACGGAACGCCGAUCCUUAUUAACUUGAGCAAAUAAAAUAAAUUCAAGAAAUGGUUGAUUAUUGUUGAAUGACAUUUUAAAAUGUCUGGAUUCCGUGAUUCCAUCUGCAAGGCAGAUUUUAUAGGGCCCUACUUCCUUUAAGAGGCCCAGUGGUGUCAAAAAAAAUCAGUUUUCCCUGUGUUUUGUAUCAUAUAGAAUAACAGUUGAUGAAACGAACACAAACACUGUAAAAGUGUGAAUAUGUUUUAUCAGUGUUAUGACCCAAAUCAGCAGGUUUGUUUUGGCGGGAGUUUUGGCUCUCCAUGGUGACAUCACCAUGCGGUAAAUUGGUUAACAGACCAAUAACAAGAGAGAGUUCCAAACCUCUCUGCCAAUAACAGCUACUGUAGUUUUCCCCUUCACACUCAAGACAGUCCUAGGAAAAUUCUUGCUUCACAAUUUUUUUGUUGUUGCUAAAAAAACAUUUUUUUUAUUAUUACGGUAAUGUAAUUAAUGAACCAGAAAUAAUUUGAUAUUGAAAGACUGCUGCAUUUGGACUUUACAAACGCAGAGCCGUGUGUCUGUGUCUCUAUCCAUGUGUCUGUGUGUGUGUGUGUCUCUAUCCAUGUGUCUGUCUGUGGUUGUGUGUGUUUCUGUCUGUGGUUGUGUGUGUGUGUGUCUGUGUCUCUAUCCAUGUGUCUGUCUGUGGUUGUGUGUGUUUCUGUCUGUGGUUGUGUGUGUGUGUGUCUGUGUCUCUAUCCAUGUGUCUGUGUGUGUGUGUGUCUGUGUCUCUAUCCAUGUGUCUGUCUGUGGUUGUGUGUGUUUCUGUCUGUGGUUGUGUGUGUGUGUGUCUGUGUCUCUAUCCAUGUGUCUGUCUGUGGUUGUGUGUGUUUCUGUCUGUGGUUGUGUGUGUGUGUGUCUGUGUCUCUAUCCAUGUGUCUGUGUGUGUGUGUGUCUGUGUCUCUAUCCAUGUGUCUGUGUGUGGUUGUGUGUGUUUCUGUCUGUGGUUGUGUGUGUUUCUGUCUGUGGUUGUGUGUGUUUCUGUCUGUGGUUGUGUGUGUGUCUGUGUCUCUAUCCAUGUGUCUGUGUGUGUGUGUGUCUGUGUCUCUAUCCAUGUGUCUGUCUGUGGUUGUGUGUGUUUCUGUCUGUGGUUGUGUGUGUGUGUGUCUGUGUCUCUAUCCAUGUGUCUGUGUGUGUGUUUCUGUCUGUGGUUGUGUGUGUGUCUGUGUCUCUAUCCAUGUGUCUGUGUGUGUCUGUGUGUCUCUAUCCAUGUGUCUGUGGUUGUGUGUGUCUCUAUCCAUGUGUCUGUGUGUGUCUGUGUGUCUCUAUCCAUGUGUCUGUGGUUGUGUGUGUCUCUAUCCAUGUGUCUGUCUGUGUGUGGUUGUGUGUGCGCGUGUGUGUAUCAUGGCCUAGGAUAUUCUGAAAUGGCAAACUUGCUAAUUGGUUUGAAGGCGUAUAACUCCAACCAGUUAGAACAUGCCAGUUCCUUGGUUCCAACUAGCAAGUGAACAAAGCAUGUGUGUGUUUUGUGAUGCGAGGAAACGGGCCUUUGUAUAAACAGCUGUUCAGGGAGUGUGUCUUAGUACACGUUAUUCUUUUACAAUGAUUAAAAACGUCUCUUACCGUACCACCGUUUCUACACUGUUACCUUCCCUUGCAGACUACUGUGUUAACAUGAAACACAGUGUAGAAAUAUGUCACCAAGGUGCAAGGGAUGUUGAGUUGACGGGAGAUGGGAGGCCGUCUUAUUGUUUAAAAAAAGGGGGCGUGGUCUUGUUGCCGUGUUCGGUAGUGAACGCAUGCGUCUGUAGGAACGUUGUCCUGUCCGGUGUCAGGGCCAGAUUUGAUAUGACAGAUUGAGGCAUAAUCUCUGCUGUUGUGAGGAAUGUUACCCUGUUGUGUUCUUAUAGGCCCAUGACAGGGUGAGGAAUGUUACCCUGUUGUGUUCUUAUAGGCCCAUGACAGGGUGAGGAAUGUUACCCUGUUGUGUUCUUAUAGGCCCAUGACAGGGUGAGGAAUGUUACCCUGUUGUGUUCUUAUAGGCCAAUGACAGGGCGAGGAAUGUUACCCUGUUGUGUUCUUAUAGGCCCAUGACAGGGCGAGGAAUGUUACCCUGUUGUGUUCUUAUAGGCCCAUGACAGGGCGAGGAAUGUUACCCUGUUGUGUUCUUAUAGGCCCAUGACAGGGCGAGGAAUGUUACCCUGUUGUGUUCUUAUAGGCCCAUGACAGGGCGAGGAAUGUUACCCUGUUGUGUUCUUAUAGGCCCAUGACAGGGCGAGGAAUGUUACCCUGUACAGAUGUUCUGUUCUUUGCUAUUAAAUAAAAAAAAUAAAU